GAAAGUAGAGGCUACGGAGUGCACAGCAAAUCACAGCCGUGAGCAGACUUAGAGGAUUUGGCUUUGAGGUUAUCAUGUGCACAGAGCUCUGACUGGCAAACAGUAAUCCUUCAUUUAUCCAGGUCGUCGUCGCCAUUGUCACAGCGGACAAGGCUGACAGCUAAAGGAGGCAGAAGGUUUCACUGGAAGAAGAACACUUUGUAGAAAGCUGCAGUAUGGCAGAGACAGCAGGUGAAGAGUUUGAAGGGAUAGGAAUGGAGUUCAGUGAGACUGUUCCCCAAGCGUCAGAGGUCAACAACAAUCCUGGUGCAGAAGGUGAAGGACAAGAGGGGAAAGAGGGAGAAGAAAGAAAGAACGUUUCUGAGAAUGACAGUACUGGAGCAGCUCUGCCAGAAGAAGUUAUAAAUAAAGACAUUCCUCAAGAAGAUGAGGGGUUGGACCCUAAAGUGGAGGAUGUAGGGUUAAAUCCUGAAGUUAAAAAGGAGGAAGAAGUUGGAGAGGAGGAAUUGGUACAUGAAAAAGAUCCAGAACAUGAAAAGAAACAGAUCAAAGAGUCAGGAAACGAGGCUCUAGAAGGUCAAGGGGAUGAAGCUUCUCAACAGUGUCCAGCGGAUGAUAACAUGACUGGUAUGGACCCGGAGGAAACCGAGGAAACAAGGAAAGAAGAAGAGGACAAAGACUCGAGUAGUGAUAGUAGCGAAGGGACCUCCAGCAGCGAUGAGGAGGAGGAGAAAGAAAACAUUGUGAAAGAAGAAGAGAAAGUAGUAGAAAGUCAGGAAGUGGGGCAUGGAGAAGAAGAAGGGAGUGGGCAGGCGUCUCCUGAUAGUGGGAAGGAUGGAAGUGCUGAUAAAGCAGAUGAGGACAUUGAAACAAAAGAGGUAAUUCAAGAAAGUAAAGAGGGUGACGAGGGAGAAGAAGAAAAUUCAGGAGUAGAUCAAAUUCCAGGGGAGGUUGAAGAAGGGGAUGCAGCGGAAAAGACGAGGGGGCCUCAAGAGGAGUUUGAAGAGGGUAAAGUGGAGGCCUCGGCAGAAGUUCUAGGUGAGGCAGAUGGUCCUGAGCAAGGAUAUGUCGAGACAGAGCAGGGACAAAAUGAACAUCCAGCUGGGGUCUCACUCUCAGAAGAAAGUGAAUUCACAGAAGAAAGUACUCAACCGGAAGAGACCUCCAAAAGUGGAGACCACCCAGUAAGGACUGAGGACAGCCAGGCAGAAGAGCCAAAGCCUGCCAUUGUAUUGGAAGAACACCUGGAAAGCGAGAUCGGUCCAGAGACCGGGGAAGAUGUGAUCAGAGAAAAUGGCAUGAGUCCCAUCACGAGUCCAGAGAUACCACUGGAGACCCCUGAGGUCCUGCAGGAACAUGAAAUAUCCUUGUUUGUUAAGGCUGGCAGUGAUGGUGAAAGUGUCGGAAACUGUCCCUUUUCCCAACGCUUGUUUAUGAUUCUUUGGUUAAAAGGCGUCAUUUUCAACGUUACAACAGUGGAUCUGAAAAGGAAACCGGCAGAUUUACAGAACCUGGCUCCGGGAACUAACCCUCCGUUUAUGACGUUUGAUGGAGAAGUGAAAAUUGAUGUUAAUAAAAUAGAAGAAUUCUUGGAAGAAAGACUAACGGUGCCAAGGUAUCCCAGACUUGCACCGAAGCACCCGGAAUCCAAUUCAGCGGGAAAUGACGUGUUUGCAAAGUUCUCAGCCUACAUUAAGAACCCCAGAGAAGACUUAAAUGAAACUUUAGAAAAAAAUUUAUUACGGUCUUUAAGAAAGCUAAACGACUUUCUGAAUACGCCUCUGCCCGAGGAGAUCGAUGCCUACAGCGCCGAGGACAUCUCUGUCUCUAGCAGGAGGUUCCUAGACGGCGAUGAACUCACUUUAGCCGAUUGUAACCUUUUACCGAAGCUCCAUAUAAUCAAGGUUGUAGCCAAGAAGUUCCGGAACUUCGAGAUCCCUUCUGAAAUGACCGGAAUUUGGAGAUACUUAAACAACGCGUAUGCGAGGGACGAGUUCACCAACACAUGCCCAGCUGAUUCCGAGAUCGAAUUCGCUUAUUUCGGGGUUGCCAAAAAAAUAAACCAAACAACCAAAUGAAUAUUAUUCAUCCGUCUGAAUGCAGGGCGGGUCGGUGGGGAAGGGUCUUUUAUCCAAGAUGGCGCCACGUUGGCAAUGGCCAAGCUACGAGUUCCUUACCGGUGGAGCGGUGCCGUCUAAUGCAUUUGCCGCUGAUUAGAAAGCUCAGUGAAUACCUAUACAAAAUCAGGGCUUAACCCCUUGUAUACAAGGUGUGUUAGUGUUCCGUAUAGCCUUUGCUAGUACAUAUUAGAAUUGUAACUGCAUAUAUAAAAAUUAACCCACAACAUGCUAAGAGGUCGGCACCCAAUGUCUGGACCAAACCUACAACUCUGCUCCACCGGCCGGAGGUACGUUGAGAACCGCAUACUUUAACAAUACCAUAACCUAUACAUUUCUGGCAAACAUAUGCAUAAAUUAUUAUACCAGGCAUUAUUCCUAGUAAAACGCCGACGACUGCUCGCCUUUUAUAGGUUUGCCAAUACAUAUGAUUGCAACUACAAAAGUCUAUCUCGCUACAAACUAUACCUAUAAUACGUUGCAGGAACUCGUCUCACCAAAAAGAUAUUUUUCAAUGAAUGUGCCAUUUCCAGAAAUUUUCAUAAUCUCUGAAACAAUGUUAUAGGGGCAAAUAUCUCUUUAUAAUCGGGACGACUGCAAAGCUCUCGUACGAGUCCCUGAACUAGAUCCAGAUCCUUUUAUUAUUCUUGAAGACAGAUUUGAGAAAAUGUUAGUUUACUUAUUUCAAUUGAAAUGAACUGAAAAAGGCUGCUGAUUAACCUAAUCGCUAAUAAACUAUAUUUUAUGUACUUUUUCUGAAUUUAUUAACCGUCCCAGGGCAUUGCAAGUUGCGGGCACCCUUAUGGUAGACAAAGGGUUAAAGGGUUCUGUGUACGGUAGGAUGUUAAUUGUUUCCAUUACGCGCACAUCAUUUUAAAUUUUUUUUGUGAUAUGUCGAAUUUUGAGUCUGAGUCCAGGCCUAACGCGGGAAGGCUCCAGGCAGACUCUGCAAUGGAUAAGCUGACCCCGACCCUAUUAAAUUAUGAGCGAUUGGGUUGAGGUCAGUUUAGGAUAACCAAUGUUACGUGUUUUGCCGGCUCUGACCCAUCAUGAAAUACUUUGUUUUCACAUGCCUUAAAGAUCCCUUAAUAAAUAACUGAAUUUUAAGACAA